AUGUUUACUCAGGAAGUUGUUGGACGGCAACAGUUGUGGAGUCUACGCAUCAUCACUAGUCGACAUUUUUCGAGAAUUUCUGAGUUGAACCGGAAGUCGAUAUACAGAAUAAUUAUGAGUGGAUAUUUGGCAAUUAUCGUUUUGGUGUGCUUGCAAAUACUGCGUGUAAUGUCGAUUAACGAAUUCCCGGAGAAGAAAUUACAAAAUAUUUGGCUGGCGGACAUGGACGACAAACAAAUCGCGUCCAGGAUCGAACGCAGUGAUCAAUUUGAGACGGCCAGUGACGUCCUAAUGAAGGACGCAAGUGUGUAUCCGAAGAUUACCCGCCGUGGGUUCGCGGGAGAGGAAUUUUUCUUGAAGGCGUCAAAGUCUGUGCCCAGGAUUGGUCGUAGGAACAACGAUAUUCAGGAAACACCGAAAAGAUCAUUGAGCAAAGAUCAAGUGAACAUGGUGGAAUACUGGCCAUACUUGCAGCCGAACGACAUCAACGCCUUGACCAGGAAACAUGACUUCGAUUUGCCGUACAACUGUCAACAACUGGACGCCAAAACGAUUUAUUCGGUGGACAUGUACAACUUUGUCUGCAACGAUCAGUUCUAUUGCUGUACGCCGGCAAAGCGCGCCAUAGCCAACUCUCCAAACGCGAAUUCCUUGUGA